GCGGUGGUUAUGGAGAUGAGAUGGAAAGACUAACUGUCAACAUUACGGUGAUGUUCGUGUGCCCAUCAGAGAAAUGCCCAGAAAGAUAGGAUUCAUUGUGGUCAACUCUUCAAGUCAUGAGGAGAACUUCAGUGCCAAGGAGCUUUUGGUCCAUGCACCUACAGUCAGUGGCUGGAGAUCCAGCAGGCUGUGCUCCUACCCUCAGCACAUCACCCUCCAGCUGGUGGAGAGAAGUAGGGUGAGGAAGCUACAGCUGCUGGCCCACCAGUACCUGAUCCCAGCCGAGGUGGAGUUCCACAUUGGAGACACCCUUCCUGAAAUGAGCACACCAGGGUUCCCUGGACAGCUUCGUAGACUCGGGUACGUGCCUUUGUCAGAUAAUGAGAAGACAGGCUUCAAAGCUCGGGAGCUGAAGUCAGUGCAUGUUGACGCCAUCGGAACAUACCUGAGAAUAACCUUCCACAAGAACCACAUCAACCGUUACAAUCACUACAGUCAGGUUGCUUUGGUUGCCAUUAAUGUUCUGGGAGAUUCUUUGGAUGGCAAUGCUUUUCACACAAUUCCAAGCAGAGAGCAGCUGAUCGAACACUACCUCAACAGUACUCAGCUGGAGGCUUCCAUGGACAUGACCUUCAUGGGCAAAUGUGAGUCCUUCUGCCCCUUGGAUGAUCUGGCCUUCGACAUGUACCAGGACCCCGAAGUUGCCUAUAUCAUCCGUCUCCUGGACCAAAAGAAGCAGGACAUGGUCCGGCAGGAGAAAUUCGAGCAGGCCAAGAAUCUAAAGCAGGCUAUUGCAGACCUGCAAAAGGUGGGGGAGCGGUUGGCUCGAUAUGAUGUAGAGAAGCAGUGCGCCAUCAAAAAGGAAGACUAUGACCUGGCUAAGAAGAAGAAGGAGCUGAUGGAGGAGUACAGGAGAAGCGUCUACCAGCAGCUGGAGGUCCACAACCUGCUGGACAUGACAUUGAUCACGAGAGCAAGAGAUCCAUCGCCAGCCCAGGAUCCUUCCUCCCUUCAGCCCUCUCCAAGCCACCAUUCAGUCCCUACCAAGCCCCUUGUGUCCACAGACACAUUCAGGAAGGAGAAAAAAACAAACGCUCUUCAGAACCAACGGGCGGACGCAGGAACAGUUGCAUCUAAACUAAGCAGCCAACCUGGCACACCGCGCACCGCUGCCGCUGUACCCAAGAUAGACGUUACCAGUAUAUCUUAUGAUGAGAUGCCGGUGCCAGCCCUUCAGAGGAAAGACCGGCCUGUGGAGACCAUCCAGAACCCUGUAGAGCAGCACUUGCCCGAACCUGAUGCCCAAAGGACUCCACGCAGCCCUGAGAUGAGCGGAGAGCCAGAGUCCCUCACGGAGAAGGCACAGAGAGAGGCUGGCCUUCCAAUAGAGGUCUUUGGAGAAAGCCUGGUAGCUGGGGCGUAUUCCAAAACCUGGUCCUACAGAGAGGAUGCUCUCCUAGCUGUGCACAAGAAGCUUUUGGAGGUAUCCCCUAUCACACCCAGAGAGGAACUUAGAAACAUGAUAAGAGCCGCAGUCUUCCUGGUGAAAAAGGCCCUCCUGGAUAAAGCGUCAUUUGUUUUCCACGCCUCCUUGAAGCUGCUGCAGCUACUUCUGAGCAACCUGAUUCCAGGUCUGGGGCUUGGCCGGGCUGAGCUGGCCCACUGCUUGGAGCAGACCUGGCCCAACCUGCUGGCCAGGACCGGAGAUUUAGCCAGCCACCUGCGGUCCACUGCCACUGCCUUCAUACAGGAAAUUGCUGUUUUGAAGGAUGUACGCAACCUGCAGGUAAUCCCUGGUGAGCUGGUGAAGCCCUUCAAAUCCAACUUCCCCUCUCGUCUGGCUCAGAGUCGGGCCGAGCUGCUCCAGAAGCUUCUCGCUAAACUGGGUGUGGAGAACUCUGGCUUCACCCUGGAGAAUGUCAUGAUGUUCUGUACAGCGGCGUUGGAGCACAGUGCACCACCAGUUCGAGAUCUGGCAGUGCGCAUCAUCUUAUCCAUGUACCAGCAGCACCGAGCUGCUGUUCUCGGCUACCUUCCAGCCAAUGAUGCUGCCAUACUGAAUAACUUCCUCUACAAAACCCUCCUUGAUGGCUUUGCCAAAAUUGACGGAAAGCCGAUGGAGACUCAGACUUUAAAGAAGAGAGGUGGUCUGCAGGAUGGGCAAAAAGAGAAGGAGGAGAUCCACUCUCUUCAGGAACAGCUGGCUGCCUUGAAAGAGAUCACAGAGAGAGGGAAUGAACACACCAAAGGACAAAUGCCCAAGAAAGAAGCUCCCAAAAUUGACAAAGAGUUUCAAAAAGCUGGCAAAGCUGUCACAAAAGUACCCCAGAACAAGGUAACAAACAGUAUUGGUGUCCAACAAUCCAUCAACUAUCUGGACAACCUGUGUAUAUUCUGCGAUAAAAAGGAUGAGUCCUUCACAGCGGAUGGAUUGGACCUUCACUACUGGAAACACUGUCCUAUGCUGAGACGCUGCGAUGAAUGUAGACAGGUAGUCGAGAUAGCCAGUCUGACAGAGCACCUACUGACUGAAUGUGAAAGCAGGUCCAAGUUCAGCCAGUGCCCACAGUGCUCAGAGGCCGUCGCCACUGAAGAUCUUACUCUUGUCCACGGUCCUGCCUGCAACCCCCCAACCUCGGGCAAAGCAUCCAACCACUGUCCUUUGUGUCACAACAACUUCCUGCCUGGAGAAGAGGCCUGGAAGGCUCACCUCAUGGGCAGAGAGGGCUGUAAACAAAACUCACGCAGGACUGCGGUGUCCCAGAGAACCCAGCCAGCACAAGGCAGGGCUGUUGGUGGAGCCAAGCUAAAGCAGGCCUGGUCGGUCGGGGCCAGAGCCAGGCCCAUGGGAAGAGGCAGUCGGAUCCCAGCCCUGGCACCCCUGGCCAGAGGACAUCCACCAGGGAAGCACUGAAUCUGCUUCUAAGCCCCCAGGGGACCCAGGGGAGGAACCCAACAGCAACAACCAUCUGUGUAGUAACCCCACCCCACUCCCAUAUUUCCUGCAUGUCGGCACUUUUAGAAAACAAUCAGAUGUAUUCAUCAACAUUUUGCAUUUUAAAUACCAAUAUUGAUUUGUGAUUUAUUUAUUUAUUUUUUGUAAGAUUACCAAAAAGGAAAUCUUCCUGUCUCAUCAGCUUCUGUGCAAACUGGCAUUACAACACGGUGUUGUAUCCACUUAUUGAGAUGCUGGCGAUUCACGGCAUUAACUCUAAAUAAACAGUCCCGUUACGAUCCGUGAGACAGACAGAGAGUCUGCACAGAGAAGAGACAGCUGAUCUCUUGCCUCUUGUGUCUCUACGUCAAAGCUCUGGCAUGACACACCUGUCGGGCUAGUAGACGUGAACACACUGUGUGCCGUUUACUGACAUCUCCUUUCAGGAUAUCUCAGUUUUGAGGCACUUUAAUGGGCCGUUCAUUGAUUUAAUAUUGCACUUCCAUUAAGUUUGGGUGACUCGGAGGAGGCAGAUUUUUAAAAAAGCAGCAGUGGGCAGAGAUAUCCUGACUUCUAGUCCCUCUCCUUCUCAUUAGACCCCGUCUGUCUGCCAAAAUACCUGCAUGUCACAAACUCCACCCGCUCCAUUUGAAGCCCGGGCUCUCUGUUAUAAAGUGUUGGCUCUGAGCCCAAGCCGAGAUAAUCCUGAUGACAUCACUCUGACAUCAUUAGGGUUAUUUCCUCAGAUGCGUCUCCUCAGGAGCCACAGGAGACAUUAAACAUGUGUUUCCACAGGCUGGUAAACUAACCGCUCUGUGCAGAAUGUGUGGAGGUUCCCUUUAAAGCUGCACAAGCUCUCCAAUACUGCUAAAAACUUUUCAUUUGAAGAUGGUAAUAAGUGGCCAUUUUUAGAGAAAAAAAGAUUUUCAGCAUUGUCAAAUUGAUAUUUAGACCACAAACUCUUCAGUAAAACUCAGGAUAUAAAUUAGGCUAAAAUGAAUGAUCACUUGUGUAGAAUCUCCACCUGCACAGGAUGAGUCAGGCUAAGAGCUUCACAUGGAUAAGCAGUGCAGUGUCAUUAAAUAUGCAAUCAAUCACUACAUCUUACAAGAGGGGGACGACGAUGGCUGACAGUUAGAAACACUGCUUGCAGGAAUGGAAACGAACUGAGGUUUAGUUACAAGCAGGGGAUUUUUGCCUCUUAGCACCGCUCCAGCAGAUGAUGCUUCGGUCUUAAAGCCAUCGACAACUGUCAGCUUCCUGCUUUGCCAUCUGUUUACAUUUUCAUGUCUUGUCUUAAAUAGAUUGUACAGAGGGAAUCAAUUAGCACUUUGCCAAAGGGAUGAUGCCUCACCGCUGAUUCUUCUGUACGGUGCGGAUUAAUUUAGCUUCCUGCUUAACGCCUACUGACAAUCUUGAGUGGCUAGCACAGUUUUAUAUGCUCUACAAGUCUAGUGAUGGAAAGUAGACUUUUAACAGAAUUGUUGCUCUAAAUCACGAACACUGGUGUUGAAUGCACUGUAUACAGGAGAAUUUGUGUAGCACCUGUUUUUCUUCAGGUCUUCUUGAUGUCUGCUGAAUAUGACCGAGGCUGACCCCAGCAAACACCUUAAAGCACUUCAGUGGCUUUAGACUGACGUUAACCACAAAGUCAGACUUAUAGAGCUCAGACAGACAUCAGUUAGAUUCACAGUUCACGCUCUCAUUUUAUUUGCUACUUCUGUUGUAUGACGCAGUGUUAUGACCAAGUUGAUUGUACUCUGUGAUUCACCCUCAGCCCAGAACAGAAACGUCCUUUAAACAGCCUGAGGUGGUGUUGGUAAGGUAAACUCUGUAUUGUGUUGAUGUGUGUGGUAACACUAAAAGUUGUAUUAGCGGAGGAAUAACUUCACAGCGGCAAUAUAGUUGAUGUAUAAGAAAGUAUAUUUAGUUUUUAACUUCCCAAGCCAUCGCAUUGGCUUAAUGUUUCUGUAUCGAGGACUAUUGUAACAGUGGAUAUUUUAUUGUGUUUUUA